CACCCUGUGCAUGGGCUCCUCGUGACAUGGCCAUUGAUGAACACUUCCUUGUUAUAAGCACACAGGGCAAGAUACAGGAAAUUGAUUUGGAGAGCAGGGCAUGCUGGGAGUACUCCUUUGUAUGAGCACAGCUAGUAGUGGCACAAGCUGCAGCCUUGGCAGUACACUAACAUGCCAGAUCAAUGUAGAUGAUGCCACUUUCUUACCAAAAAUGCCAGUUAGAAGCUGCCCUGUAAAACCUUGGUUAUUUAAGAUGCCAUAAUCCUCAGCCUACAGAACACAAUGUUCAGCUGACCCAGGCAUGUGAGCUGCCUUCUAAUGUGAAGAAGUGUCUGUGGAGCCUGGCAACUAUUCCGUGAUUUGGCUUUUGUACAGAAGAUGGAGGCCAGUAAUGAGUCAUGCGUUGUGGAACCAUCGCUCACUUAUCUGACUUGCGUCAUGCAGUUGUGCUUGAAGUGGAUAGAAAUGGAUAAUCUGGAAGACUACUUGAACUAUGUAGCCUAUCUCUUGUGGGUCUUCACACCACUCAUAAUAGUAUUCAUAUUACCCUUAUUCUUUAUCCUAUUUUUUUACCUCUCCAUCCUCUUCCUCCAAGUAUACAAGCGAAAAAACGAGUUGAAAGAGGCUUAUUCAAACAGUAUAUGGGAUGGCGCACGGAAAACGCUGGCAACUCUUUGGGAUGGGCAUGCUACAAUAUGGCAUGGUUAUGAAAUCCAUGGUCUCGAGAAACUACCUGAUGAUGGACCUGCUCUGAUUGUGUACUACCAUGGAGCACUUCCUGUGGACUAUUAUUACUUUGUGACAAAGGUUAUUCUACUCAAGGGAAUAGCCAUUCACUCUGUGGCGGAUCACUUUCUUUUCAAACUACCUGGAUUUAGGCCAUUGCUUGAGCUAUUUAAUGUGAUCCAUGGACCAAAGGAGGAAUGUGUGAAGUCUCUGAAAAAUGGCCACAUCUUGGCUAUCUCACCAGGCGGAGUACGAGAGGCACUAUUUAGUGAUGAAAACUAUGUCCUCGUUUGGAGGAAUCGCACAGGUUUUGCACAAGUGGCCAUUGAUGCUAAAGUGCCCAUCAUCCCUAUGUUCACGCAAAACAUACGUGAAGGAUUUCGAUCACUUGGAGUCUUGCGGGUAUCCAGAUGGCUUUAUGAAAGGUUCAAGUUUCCACUUGUUCUUAUUUAUGGAGGCUUUCCGGUGAAACUCCGUACAUACCUUGGUGAUCCUAUCCCUUAUGAACCAAAUAUUACUCCUGCUGAGCUAGCGGAGAAGACAAAGAAUGCAAUACAAUCACUGAUCGCCCAGCACCAAAAAAUACCUGGAAACAUAUUUCAGGCCCUUCUGGAAAGAUUUCACAGCCGACAUAAAGAGGACUAAAGUGCACAUGUAGAUAUGUCUCGGUUCAUUGUACUUUUUUGAUUUGGUGUCGGGUGUAUAUAUAUUUUUGGGGGGGUAAGACAUUAUGUAUCUUACCUCAACAAUUAAAUAUUAUUAGAUCUGUAAAACAAAAGGUCAGAAGACUGUUCGCUGGUUGUGUUUGUGUUAACUGCUCAAUCAUUUUAUCAGAUGGGCAUUUUGGGUGUGGGGCACAUUGGGGAGAAUUUUUAAUUAUUAUUUUUUCAUUGCUAUGCACUUUGUAUAUCUGUUAAUAGGGAU